CUUGGACCCCCUCCAGAUCCUAGCUUCCCUAUUCUUUCCCACCAACUAUUGCUGCAUCCUCCUGCAAGCACUGGUCGUUUAGGGCGGGUAGACUGGAAUUUAUUCCUUGCGCCAGUGACCAAUCGCCCUGUCGACUGUCUCACUCUCGCUUCUAGCUCUUUUUCCUUCGAUUCUCAUUGCUUGUGAACCUCUUCAACCGUCCUUAUCUCUUCCCCCCUCCAUCCAGCCUGUUGCUCCUAUCUUUCGCUUUUUUUCCUUUUCCUUUUUCUUUCUUUUUCUGGAUCUUCCUGACCCCUCUCUCUUGUCGCCUACCGUCAUUACCCCCGCGCUUCCCAAUAAAGAGUAGAGCGUGUGAAUAUGUCCGGAUUGACCCUCGGGCGACGCCCUGGGGGCAUGCGACCGACUCAAACCGCAAAAUUUACUACCUACGAUUCUUCCACCGAUGCUGACCGCUCCUCCAACAAUGCCCCCCCUACUUCCUCGCAGCUGUCCGAUGACUUUUCUUUCGGUUCCCCUCUGAGCCCCGCCGACUCGCAGGCUCAUGACGGUUUACUUCAAGACUCGCUCUUCCCCGAAUGGAGGUCUGGUGCCCCUCGAGGCGGCCUCGACACUCCAGAUGAGAUGCAAAGGCAAGAUCCGUUAGCGACACAGAUAUGGAAGCUUUAUUCUAGGACCAAGGCCCAGUUGCCCAACCAGGAGCGCAUGGAAAACCUCACUUGGAGAAUGAUGGCAAUGAGUUUGAGACGCAAGGAGCAGGAACGUGCCCAACAUUCCCUGCGCCCUGGAAGACCCAGCAGCGCUGGCCCCAGUGGCAUCGCUCAACUACGCAUUUCCGACCAGCCAAUUGCCAAUCCUCAUCCACAGUCGACCGACCUGACUGCCGAUCCCAUGAACCUUGAUGAUUUCAUCGUUCCCUUCGAAUCUCCCUCGGACCACACCUCGCCUAAUGCCACCCAAACCACCGACUCGACCUCAUCCGCGGCCAUUCCCAUCAAGUCCAGGAAAGAUCAGCUGAGGGAUUCCACACCGGUGCCCGCCUCGUUUCACCAUCCGGCUCAGGACCAACGCAAGAACAGUGAAUUCGGAUACGUCCCUCGUCGCGUGCGUAAGACGAGCAUCGACGAGCGCCAGUUUUUCUCUUUGCAGGUUCCCACCCGGAAGCGACCGGCAGAGUCAUCGCCCCAGGUGCCCCCGGUCUCCAACUCCAUGUUGGCCCAUGACCCUGAGCUCUCGGGCGGCGUGCCUGACUAUGCCUUGGAUACGCCGUCGGCGUUUGGCUUCCACCAAAAUAACCACCAUCCCGCAAACCACCACAAUCAUACUUCUCCCGGCGUGCCUUUUGGCUUGGAUACAUUCGGCCUUGGUGACGAUCCGAUCCUGCCCUCAGCGGGUCCCUACCAGUCGCAGUUCACUUUCUCGCCGAGUGAGUCUCCCAUGACCUCCACGCACCCGUUCGCGAACCUUUAUUCGCAUACGCCGGUGGCAUCGUCCCUCAAUUCGACGGACUUUUUCUCCCCACCUCCAUCGGGCUACCAGUCGACAGCAUCCACACCGCAGCCGGCCUACGACGGCGAUCACUCGAUAUAUUUCGAUAUGCCGUCAACCGAUGCUCGCACCCAGCGCCGCGUCCCCAACUAUGUUUCGCAUCGGUCUAAUUUGUCCGCUUCGCUGCAGCCUCGUUAUAUGUUCAACCAACACAACCAUGAACAACAGCCCGUUUCAUCCACGGUGCAUUCGCCGAGCUACCCCAUACCCCAGCCGCAGCACGUAGAUCCGACUCAGGUGCUGAACGCAACAAACUUUCCGACGGGUAACUCUCAUACAGGCAUGUUUACGUUUGGAGCAGAUUCUGAUAACGAGGAUGACGAUGGCCGUCAGCUGUCGGAACGAGCUGGCCUGGCCAUGCCGACUGAAUUCGGUGACGAAAAUGAGGGCUUCGCAUCGGGCAUGCAGUGGGACGGCCAGUUCCCAGGCUCCUUCCAUUCACUGCCAGGCUUUGGUCCUCAACAUCGCAAACAUGUCACUAUAGGUUCCGCGGACAUGAUGGACACUCCGGAGGAGUGGAAUCAGGGAAGCAGUUUGGGUCGGGCUCAUGGGUCUGUGGCUUCGGUUAGUGAGGUGCGCAACCGAGAGCAGGACCCUCGUCGGCAGAAGAUUGCCCGCACCACGUCCACUCCCAAUACGGCCCAGCUGCUGCGUCAAAGCAUGAACUCCAACAACAGUACGUCUCAUACCUCUCCGAAUACUCCACCCGAGUCCGGCCUCAGUAGCGCCGUUCCAUCCCGCCCGGGAAGUCCCGGUGGCAGCAAGAACGGCGAGCAGGUCAACAACGGACCAACUACAUGCACGAACUGCUUUACCCAGACGACUCCGCUGUGGCGUCGGAACCCGGAGGGCCAGCCACUGUGUAAUGCUUGCGGGCUGUUCCUGAAACUGCACGGUGUUGUGCGCCCGCUUUCCCUUAAAACGGACGUCAUCAAGAAGCGGAACCGCAGCAGUGCCAACAGCCUGGCAGUGGGAACUUCUCGUUCAUCGAAGAAGUCCGCCCGUAAAAACUCGGUGCAGCAGGUAUCCGUCACGACCCCUACCUCGAGCCGCGCCCAGAACAGCGCCUCCUCCGAAUCCCCGCCCGCCGGGUUUGGCAUCGCGGCGGGACGGUCCAAUGGGGUGGUGCCUAUUGCCGCUGCACCUCCGAAGUCUGCACCCUCCGCAGCAACCUCCCCUGGCGGGACCCAAGGCCGGAACCAGGUCCAGGCGGCCCCGAAACGUCAACGACGACUGGAGAAGGCCUCGGAGGCAGAACUGGACGAGGCGAACAAGUCCGCGGGUGGUCGAUCCAAGGUGGUGCCUCUGGCGCCGGCCAUGCCCCCGGCAGCGGCGAAUCCGGCGAAUCAUAGUAUUGCCGGAGGCCAGGGUGCUAGUCAAGAAUGGGAGUGGCUGACCAUGAGUUUGUAACGAUUGCGUUUACUUCUCUGAUUCUCUACACUCCUUCAUAUUCUUUGAACCCUUGCCUUUUUUAUUUUCUUUCUCAUUUUUCUUUUCAACCUGUUGAUGCUACGCCAUGACCGAUAGACAUGAUGAAUACUGCAACCGAUGGAAUCUCGCUAGACGAGAGGUGUUAGAUGACGUGGCCCGCGAUGCACUUAAUGAGAUACGACGGGGUGCGAUCCGAUGGUCACGCGAGUUUAAUGGUAACAUGACGAGGGAUAUUCGUUUUGU